AUGUUUCCCCCAGGCAUCCCUAGUAUAUAUUUUAUUAACCACCCCUCCCAGGAAUGGACCAACUCCUUCUUCCCCAACCUCAAACUCGUCUCCGCCUCAGACGAACAACCCCACCCCAAAGUCCUCUUCAGCUUCACCGUCGAGCCCCAGCACUGCAACCGCCUCAACAACCUCCACGGAGGCUGCACGGCAACCCUCUUUGACUUUUGCACCUCCACCGCCACCGCCCUUGUGUCCAAGCCCGGGUUCUGGCAGUAUCUGGGGGUAUCCCGGACGUUGAACACCACCUAUCUCCGUCCAGCCCCGGUCGGCACCGAGGUCUUGAUUGAGUGUGACAUCUUGCAGAUCGGGGCGAAGAUGGCUACCUUGAGGGGUGUGAUGAAGCGGAAGGACAACGGGGCGGUCGUGGCUGUGUGUGAGCAUGGGAAGGUUAAUAUUGAUCCUGCUCCGAAGUUGUAG